GCUUUAGCUCCAACACAUCAGCAACAGAACUAAAUCCAGCAUUAUUCAGCUUCGCCCUAAAAGAUGGAGGAAUAGGAAAGCUGUUUAUGUCACGCUGCAUCGUGAGGUAACUGGGUGACUUCAUUCAAGUUCAUUGCAUCUUAAAAGUGAGAAUCCAGCUCACUAUCAACAUGGCAGAGUUUGGAGCUCAUCUUACCUCUGCGACCACCGACAACCGUCCAUCUUAUUUUGAGGUUCUUGCUCAAGAGAGCUUGAUGGUGACUCUUAGACCUGCUCUAUCAUAUUUCUUGAAGGUAUUUGCAGAGAAUCAACCUGCCCAGUUUGGAAGAUUACACAGAUGGUCAGAUGAAGUAUACUCCAUCCUUGAUCUCAUACUGCAGCAUCACUUUCUCACCAAGACUAGUGCAUCAUUUGCAGAGAAUUUUUACAGCCUAAAAAGAGUAGCCAUCAACAGUUCUACCUCCGCAGCCCCUUCAAUCUCAGAAGGUCUUCCCAAGAGAGAGCACUGGAUGUCAUUAGCAUUACUUGUUGUUGUUCCAUAUAUCAAGCUAAAACUAGAUGCCAAAUUUCAGAAGUGGACUGAUGAAUCCUUGGAUUUAAAUGAUAGAGGGAGGCAAACUAUGAAGAAAUACAAGAAAAUCUUUCUUGCUCUGUACCCCUACCUGCAUUUGUCUUGGGAAUCCUCAGUACUGGUCUAUCAGCUAAGAUACCUCUUUAAGCAGUCACCAGUUCAUUCUCCAUUCCUCAAACUAGCAGGUGUGCAAUUACAGUACUUAUCAAAGGAAGACAUGCUAUUAGGGUUAUCCAGUGAUGCUAUCCUAUCUGCAGAUUCAAGCUUGAAAGCAAGAUUACUGUACUACCUGAAGAGACUGGUAGGAGCGGUUGCCAUCGCUAUCUCAAACGGUCUGUCUGUGGGUGUCUUCUUCCUUCAAUUCCUGGAGUGGUGGUACAUGAGUGAGGAUCACCAGUCUGCGUUGGCUGCCACUUCUUUGCCAAUCCCUGAACCGCCUAAGGAGCGUGAGCCAGAAUACUGCCAGAUUCUUCUACCAAGGGACGUCACGCUUUGCCCACUCUGCCAAAAGAAGCGAACUAAUGAUACUACUCUCUUAACAUCAGGCUAUGUGUUCUGCUACCCUUGUAUCUACCCCUACAUCAAGAAGAACCAGCGCUGCCCGGUGACCCGCUAUCCUUCGGAACUCUCUCAUCUUAUCAAACUCUACCCUCCAGAUAGCUGAGGCGGGUCUCUCUGUCAUCUAUAGAGUACCGAAGCUGUGACAUCAUAAAAAUCUGUUUUAGAAUUUCUCAAUUUGUUUUUCAUUUUCCAAAAGAGCAUCAAAAAGAAAGUCCAAAUGUCGAAAGUCAAUUGAAUAUG